GCCCUCUCGCCGCACUUCGCGCGCGUCUUCUGCCGGCUCCUCUUCGUGAUGUGGGUCAACCUCGGGGAGCGCGCGCCGUUCCGCGUGGUCGAGAUGGGCGCUGGCUCAGGCCAGCUCUCCUACGACGUCCAGCGGUGCGUCCGCGGGAACGAGAUCGGCAUCGCGCCCGCCGUUUGGCGGCGCUGGGCUGCGUCCUUCGAGUACCUCAUCAUGGAGCGCUCGCCGGCGCUGGCCAGGCGACAACGGGAGCGCGGGCUGCGCGUCGUCGAAGGCGACGCGCAGUCGAGCUCGAGCUGCGGACCAGUGCUGGCCGCGCUGGCCGACUCCACCGCCUGUUCGGGCCCGGCGGCGCAGGGCGCCCCUGAGUGCGUCGCAGGCGACAGGGGCACGCCGGAGGCUGGCGCCUCGGUGGUGCUGUCCAACGAGCUGCUAGACGCUUUCGCGCCCGUGAAGCUCCGCCUGAGCCUCUACGGCAAGGUCGAGGUGAUGAACUGCGCCAGCUGGCAGGAGAUCCGGGUGGUCCACGUCAUCCGCGUGGACGCGCUGCGCGACAUCGGGGACAUGACCGGCCGCUCCGCCGAGUCCGUCAGCAGGUUGCUCGAGGAUCUGCACGCGUACACCGACUCGACGUUCUGCGGCAUGGCCAACUCCACCAUUGGCCGGGAGGCCCGGGAGCAGCUGCCGGAAGGCACGUCGUGCCUGGCGAUCGUAUUCGGGUUGGGCGAGCUGCUUAACCACGUCGACCUUGGUGUCCCCGCCGCGGCGCACAACAUGCGGCUGCGCCUGCGGAAGGACUCCAAGUUCACUGGCCGCCUCGGCGAGAUCGUCAAGGCGCUCGACGCGGAGCUGCGUGACUCGGUGGUUAUCCCUCGCGACUUGUACCGCCUGCUGCGGCACGAGAUUCGCACCUCGAAGGAGGUGGAGGCUCACUUCUUGUCCGUCACGCAGACCCGCAUGGUCCCGGUGACCAUAACCGCGGACAGGUGCGAGGAGCUCGGCUGGUGGUUCGAGGCCCACGCUGACCGAGUGUCGCGCCUGGCGAGCUUCUACCGCUCCCUCGGCUACCCGGCUGUACACAUCGUCGUGAGGCAGGCAGGGGGUGUUAUUGGCAGCCUCGUCUUCUUUCUCUCGAUCCUAGCGCCCUUCGGCUUCUGA